AUGUCACAAUUAAGUCAAAAGACUUUGACUUUUAAGAUACUUAUAUUAGGCGACAGUAAUGUUGGCAAGACUUGUAUUGUUCAUCGAUUUUGUGACGAAAAUUUCAUCGACGGAUAUAUUUCAACAAUUGGUAUUGAUUUUAAGCAAAAACUUAUCAAUUUAGAUGAUAUUCCUAUAAAAUUACAAAUUUGGGAUUCUGCCGGUCAGGAAAGGUUCCGUACUCUCACCACUGCCUACUAUAGAGGAGCUAUGGGAAUUAUAUUGAUGUAUGACGUGACUAAUAUAGACUCUUUCAAACACAUUCCCUAUUGGUUUCAUAACAUUGAAGAGAAUGCAUCACCAGAUGUGGUGAAGAUAUUGGUGGCCAACAAGUCUGACGCACAGCAACUGCGAGUCGUUGACCACGAAUCAGGUCUUCAAUUGGCUCAACAAUAUUCGGUGCCAUUCUUUGAAUGCAGUUGUAAGUCAAACAUCAAUAUUCACCAAAUAUUUCACGACAUCACUCAACUGAUUCAUAAACAAUAUGAACAACAGUCAGAAAAAUUUGAUUAUUUCGGUCAACACUUUGAAAAUACAAUAAAUAAUAAAAUGUUGGAAAAUAAUUACGAAAAUUGGACUAAAAGUCGUUGUAAUAGUUGUCAAACAAAUUGAUUUAUAUUAAUAUA